AUGAGCACACGAGGUGAAGGAGCCGGCGGCCAGCCCUCGACUUCUUCCGCCGCCGCCGCCGCCGCCCAGGAGCAACCUGCCGCCACAGAACCGCCGAAGAGGGGACGAGGGAGACCCAGGAAGCAACCCCAAGAACCAACAGGAGAGCCAUCUCCUAAAAGACCAAGAGGAAGACCUAAAGGAAGCAAAAACAAGAGUCCCUCUAAAGCAGCUCAAAAGAAAGCAGAAGCCACUGGAGAAAAACGACCAAGAGGCAGGCCCAGGAAAUGGGUUAAGGGGGGUGGUUAUCAGGCAUCAGAAAGUGAUUAUGAAAGAGGAUAA